UGAAGUUCAAUAUAUUUGGAGUUGGUUGUGUCUUCAGUCCAGAGCUUUCAGAACAACAGACAACAUGGUCUCCAGAUGGGUCCUGGUCCUGGUGCUGGUCUUUGCUGCAGUCGGGGCUCAGAGCGGGUUUCUCAGGGUUCUUUGAUAACCCGGAGAAAACAGAAGAAGAAGACAUGACAGUCCUGAUGCAGCGGCUGAUGGCCAGAGUGGACAAACUGGAGCGAGAAGAAGAGAGAGCUAAAGCUCAGGUGGCGUUCUCGGCGGCCCUCGUCGACGUUGAGCAGUGGACCCCAGGGCCCGUUGACGCCGACACCACGCUGCAGUUCAAGAAGGUGGCGACAAACAUCGGCAGCGCCUACGACAACAACACAGGCGUCUUCACGGUGCCCGUCAAGGGACUCUAUUACAUCCACUUCACCGGCUGCGUUGGAGAAUCGGGGUCCCUGAACGCAGCGCUGAUGAAGAACGGGAUGAACAUGUUCGCCAUCUAGACACCAGGGCGUCACGGCAGCGCGUCUAACGGCAUGGCGCUGGUCCUGGAGGCCGGGGACCGGCUGUCCGUCACCCUCUGGGCCCAGCAGAGCAUCUUCGACCAGACCAGACUCAGCACCUUCAGCGGCUUCCUGGUCUUCCCCAUGUAGGAGGAGACCACCGGGUCCAGGUCCUGAACCCAGAAACCGGUCCAGAGGUCCUGCUGAACCACUUAGGAUGUGGUCCACGACGUAGUCCGUCAGUCAUCAGUUUGACUCUCCACAAUAAAAUGUACCUGUAGCAACUAAAA